GCAAUUAAACAUAAAAAUCAGAAAAUCGUUGUCAAAGAAAAGAAAUGUUUUCGCUCCAAGUUACCUGGGAAACGAAUACAUUUUGAACUUUCCACCCUUCCAAUCCUUCAUUUAGCAUUUUCUCUCAAAGAUUUCCAUUUUUUUUUUUUUCCCAUAAGUUGGUUCGAGUUAUCAAUGGAGACCUCUAAUACCCGAGUUCAUUCAUUUGCUCAGACCGAGAUUAAUUGGGACAAGCUUGAUAAAACAAAAUUUUAUGUUGUCGGAGCUGGCCUCUUUACAGGGAUUACUGUGGCUCUGUAUCCGGUCUCUGUGGUAAAAACAAGGCUUCAGGUUGCUUCAAAAGAUACCGUCGAGAGAAAUGCGUUGUCUGUUAUCAGAGGGAUACUGAAGGCAGAUGGGAUUCCUGGUCUAUACAGAGGUUUUGGUACUGUCAUCACUGGUGCGAUUCCUGCCAGGAUAAUAUUUCUGACUGCUUUAGAGACAACAAAAAUAGCAGCUUUCAAGAUGGUAGAACCAUUUAAAUUUUCUGAAGCUACUCAGGCAGCCAUAGCAAAUGGAAUUGCUGGCAUGUCAGGAUCACUUCUUGCUCAAUCUGUAUUUGUUCCAGUUGAUGUGGUUAGCCAAAAGUUGAUGGUACAAGGAUACUCAGGCCAUGCUAAGUAUAGUGGUGGCAUUGAUGUUGCUUGUAAGGUUAUAAAGUCUGAUGGCAUUCGGGGAUUAUACAGAGGGUUUGGUCUUUCCGUUAUGACUUAUGCCCCAUCAAGUGCUGUAUGGUGGGCAAGUUAUGGUUCAAGCCAACGUGUCAUUUGGAGGCUUUUAGGCCAUGGCAAAGAUCUUGAGAAAGCUCCACCCAGCCACGGGACAAUAGCAUUAGUUCAAGCAACUGGAGGAAUUAUAGCAGGUGCAACUGCAUCCUGUAUCACAACCCCAUUGGACACUAUUAAGACUCGCUUACAGGUAAUGGGGCAUGAUAAGAGACCUUCUACAGUACAUGUUGUGAAAAAUUUGAUUGCAGAAGAUGGUUGGCUAGGUUUAUAUCGAGGGUUAGGUCCAAGAUUUUUCAGCAUGUCAGCAUGGGGAACUUCAAUGAUAUUAGCCUAUGAAUAUUUGAAGCGUCUGUGUGCAAAAGACGAAUAGAUGGUGAUCUAAAUGGUGCCCACAGCCUUUGCUUGUUGCUGCAUGAAUAGCGGGGAUUUGGGUUCAAAGCUGGCUAGUCAACAUAAUUUUGAGAAGGCUGUCCUGACAUAUGCAAAAAAGUUUUCCCGGCUUUUAAGAUCCAGAAAUAUAUUGCUGUUCUUGCAGUGAUCAUUAUCAUUUAAAUUGAGGAGCCAAACUGACGGUUGUUAAAGUGGAUUUGCUGACUAAUUCUUUUAAAAGCUUUAGUGGAUCUGGCUAAGAUUCUUUCAAGCUAAUUUU